CGCCGAGCCGCCUGCCUGCGGGGCUGCGGGCCCGCUGCACCUUCCCGGUACCGACUGGGUGACGAGCUGGACCGAGAGUUCAGCAAGCGCAGGCCCCACAACUACCUCCAGGUCGCCUAUUUCAAGAUGAACCGGCCGGCGCAAGCAGCGGCGGCGGCACACACCUUCUUUGUGGCCAACCCCGGGCACCAGGAGAUGAGGCAGAACCUGGAGUACUACCAAGCCAUGGCAGGCGUCCGUGAGGAUGACUUCACCGACCUGGAGGCCAAACCCCACCUGAGCGAGUUUAGGCUGGGUGUCCGGUUUUACACAGAGGAGCAACCGGCCGCUGCCAUCCUGCACCUGGAGAAGGCGCUGGAGGAAUAUUUUGUGGCAGACGCCGAGUGCCGCGCGCUCUGUGAGGGACCCUACGACUAUGAGGGCUACAACUACCUGGAGUACAAUGCGGACCUUUUCCAGGCCAUCACAGAUCACUACAUGCAGGUGCUAAGCUGCAAGCAGGGCUGCGUUACGGAGCUGGCCUCGCAGCCCGGCCGGGAGAAGCCUUUGGAGGAUUUCCUGCCCUCGCACUUCAACUAUCUCCAGUUUGCCUACUACAACAACGGGAAUUACGAAAAAGCCAUUGAAUGCGCCAAAACCUAUUUGCUCUUCUUCCCAAACGAUGAGGUGAUGAACCAGAAUUUGGCCUAUUACACUGCCGUCCUGGGGGAAAACCUGGCAGGACCCAUCCAACCUCGAGAGGAGAUCCAGGAAUACCGCCAGCGAAGCCUGAUGGAGAAGGAGCUGCUCUUCUUCAGUUACGACAUCUUCGGUAUCCCCUUCGUGGACCCGGACACGUGGACACCUGAAGAGGUGAUACCAAAAAGGCUGCGAGAGAAACAAAAGGCGGAGCGGGAGACGGCAGCGCGGAUCUCGGAGGAGAUUGGGAACCUUAUGAAGGAGAUCGAGACGCUGGUGGAGGAGAAGGCCAAGGAGUCUGCCGAUAUGAGCAAGUUCAUCCGAGAAGGUGGCCCCUUGGUGUACGAAGGAGCCAGUGUCACCAUGAACUCCAAGACCCUGAACGGCUCCCAGCGCGUCGUGGUGGACGGAGUCCUUUCUGCUGAGGAGUGCCGGGAGCUGCAGAGACUCACCAACGCAGCUGCCUCGGCCGGGGACGGCUAUCGUGGGAAGACAUCUCCUCACACUCCCAGCGAGACCUUCUAUGGCGUGACUGUCCUCAAGGCCCUCAAGCUGGGCCAGGAGGGCAAGGUCCCCCUGCAGAGCGCCUACCUCUACUACAACGUGACAGAGAAGGUGCGGCACAUGAUGGAGUCCUACUUCCGCCUGGAGGUCCCGCUACACUUCUCUUACUCCCACCUGGUGUGCCGCACAGCCAUCGAUGAGAAGCAAGAAGGCCGGAGUGAUAACAGCCAUGAGGUGCACGUGGACAACUGCAUCCUCAACGCGGAGGCCCUGGUGUGCGUGAAGGAACCUCCAGCCUACACCUUUCGGGAUUACAGCGCCAUCCUCUACCUCAACGGGGACUUUGAAGGAGGAGCUUUCUACUUCACCGAGCUGGAUGCCAAGACGGAGACCGUAAAGGUUCAGCCGCAGUGUGGCCGUGCCGUGGGCUUCUCCUCUGGCUCGGAGAACCCCCACGGGGUGAAAGCCGUAACCAAGGGCCAACGCUGCGCCAUCGCCCUCUGGUUCACCCUGGACCCUCGACACAGCGAGCGGGAGCGUGUGCAGGCAGACGACCUGGUGAAGAUGCUUUUCAGUACAGAAGAGGGAGAUUUGCUGCCAGAGACGGAGCCGGAGCAGGAGCCGCCAGCUGCCGUCGCGGGGGGGAAGGACGAGCUGUGA